AUGAAUGAAACAUCAAAUGUUUUCAUUGUUGGCAGUGCCGGGCACCGAGGCUCCUGCUCUGCGUCUGAAGGUGCUGCCAGCCUGGAUCCGUGCAUUGUGUCCCCGGAGGUGACUGAGCCAAGCAAAUGCCCACAGGAAGCCAGAGGCCCAGAAGGUUCUCCACUGCCCCGCCCACCAGUGCCCUGGGAGCAGGAGUGCCCCUCUGCCUCCAUGCCCUUUGCCCAGGGCCCCCUGGAAGCUUGCUUGGCAAGCCCAGUAGCAACACCUGAAGAUUGGCCCCUCAUUCAACACCCCAGGAGGGAACCUUCCCCAGAUGCCCGUGGGGAGGCCCCAAAAGCGUCCGUCCCUGAAGGGGGCAGUUCUACUCAGUGCAGCGUGGACGCUGUCGUCCCCAGUGCCGGGCACACAUUGUCUGCCUCCAGCCGCACUGACCAGUCGCCGGGGGUUUCACCAGCACCUCCCCAAGAGCUGAUGAAAGGACAGCUGUGUGAAAAAGAUGGCCAGCCUGGUGAUUUCGAGUCCCAAGGGAAUGAGGCUGCAGGUGGCCUUCCCCUGGCAGAGUCCAGGCAGGGGGCGGCUUCUGUGCCAGAGGCCCCGCAGGCCCCUGCUGCCGCUCAGCCAGGCAGGGCGAGCUCACCUGGCCUGGAGGAGUGCCCCGCAAAACCUGAGACCCCGACUCCACCAGAGCCAGCCCCUGGAGCCUCAGGCAGAGACGGAUGCCAAGUGGAGGUGCCGCCUCAGGCUUUCGCCGCCAGCUCGGGAUUCCUCGGGGCCUGCCAUGCCACCAGGGGCCCUGCAGGGGCUGCCCAGGAAGCCGACACAAAUUCCCAGGAAAGCAGCCAGCAGCAAAUGGGAGCCCAUCUGACGCACGUCGAGCUGCCCUGGGAUUCACAGAGUCCUGGCCCGGCACCCAGGGCCGGGGGCUCUGGGAAGGAGACCGCAACCAGCCUGGAGGGGCUUCGCUCGAGAGCACAGAGCCCUCCCCACGAGCCCUGA